AUGAGCUCCAAUGAACAGACAUCAACAACAGAUCUCAAAGAAAAUGUGACAGAAAGAACUGAGAAAGAAUUGUUAUAUAGGGAAGGUCUCAAAGAUAUAAUAUUUGAAUGGGCUAAAAAAUUACCACGAUAUUCAAAUGCUAGUUCAGAAAAUAUAAAACAGAACAUUGUCAACGACCUCAUUGAAAAGUUAAAUGAAAUGUAUUCUGAAGUAAAUGAAGAUUAUUAUGACGAAAAACUGUCAAUGGAAAUAGAUAAAUUUAUAGAUUCAUUACCGAUGUUGUCUAAGUUAUUAGAAAAUAAAGGAUAUUUGGACCAAUUAAAAGAAGCACUUGUAGAGAAAAUCUAUAAUUUAAAUAAUAAUAUCAAACGUCAUACUACUGCAGGGAAUAAAGAACAAAGUAAUGAAAGUAAUUUAAAAGAGAAAUCUACUAAUACUCUGGAAUAUUAUACAACAAGAGAGGAUUCGGACAACCGUAGAAGCCUUUCAAAAAUUUACCCUUUCUACAAGAAAACAGCUAAAGAACCUAAUACGAAAUAUAACAAACAGCAAAAUAAAAAACUUGAAAAUAAAAUUUAUAAAGAAAUGAUAUACAAUUGGAUCGACGACAUUCAUAGGAACUUGGACAAAAAUGAAAAAAUUAUUAUGACUGACGCUCUCAACAAUCGUUUGAAAGAAUUGUUACAUUCAAAAACUACAGCAAAUUACAAACUAAUGCUCAAAGCUGAGAUAUUUAAUUUUUUAAACGAUUAUGCAGAUAAGUUAUUUUUGUCUCCUGAAAACUAUACAUAUCUCAAUCGAUUAUCAGAAAAAAUUGCCGUUAAAUUACUGAGCGCUAAAUUCAGUAACGAAGAAGUUUAUUCAAUGUCUUAUACUUCCUGUUUCAAAGACUCUGCUGACGAUGUGAACUCUUGGGACUGUGAUGAAGAAGAACCCUAUCAACAUCUAGUGCAAGAAAUUGUUAGAGAGCAAUUACUAAACUUUAAUAUUUCAACUUCUAUCGCAACAGACAUUAUAAAUAUUAUCUUGAAGAACAUUAAGUUUAUUUGCAUGCGUCAAGAUUACUACGUAGAAAUACACAUAUUCAAUAUUUUAAAAUUUUGUACUGACCUAUCAGACUACAAUAUUUCCACUUUGACUAGCAACAUAUUAGAUCAAAUAAGAACCGAAGCCACUAGUAAAUAUCUUACAGCAUACAAUUUUGUCUGCUUUAAUAAUAAUAUGACUCGAACACAAAGUUUUAUUUCUAUCUACAAAUCUGAACAAGAAAUACGUGGACCUAACACCGUUCUACCAACUUUAAAAAGAAAAUUAAGCGCAAACAGUCAGCACAUAACAAUGGAAGAAAAAAAAUAUGUUAAUAGAAUAUCACAGGUAUUAAAGACUUGGGUGAACGCUUUGCCUGUUGGAGGCGCAAAAUUGGAAAACAAGAAAAAUGAAAACACUAUCAUUAAUAAUCUAGCUUACGACAUCUUAGAUCAAGUUAAAUUAGAACAGUUAGUCCCGGAGACUAGAGCUGAAAAAGACAAAUUUUUAUCAUUUUUUAUCAACCGGUGGCUCAACAGAUUAAAUUGGUUUCAUAAUAUAGCUGACGCACAGCCGUACGUUGAAAACUUAAUACAGGAACUGAAAAAGGUUUCUCUUCCAAGUUUUUCUAAAACCAACAAUAAGCAAUAUGUAAAGAAAACGGAAACAUCGUCCGGAUCUAAUAAAAUGUCUCCUCUUGGUAAGAAUGCAAAUGGGAAGGAAGAAUCUCAUGAUCAGCCUUUAAAACUCCAAGCUGUAUUAAAGGAAUUCAUUUCCAAAUAUAUUGAACACAACUAUGAUGAAGAUAACGCUCUGACUAGAGAAGUGUUUGGACAUAUAUUAAAAAAGGAACUUCAGAAGUUAAGUACACCAAGCAGGCGAGAAGUCUAUACAAACUUAAAUAAUACGGAGGAUGACAAUAUAGGUUUAGAAAAAUUAUAUAAUGAGUUGCAGCUCAUUAAUAUUAUAUCGGACUGGCUCAAACAACUACCUGUAGAAGGUUCUUUCAAUGUGUCUGGAAACGAAGAACGUGCGCAAUGGAUUAUAGAUUUAGCAAAAAUGAUUAAUGAAACGGAAAAAAGUAGUUCUCAAUCCAAUGAUUAUUAUCAACAACUGAAAUCAAGAAUUAUGCAACACACAGAAAUAUUGCCUAUAGACGAACUAUAUAAAGAGAACAUGACCAACUUCAUCGAUAAUUUAGUCAGUAAUAUUGAUGAACUUCAAUCUUCUCCACAAUGUUGUGCAUUUACAAAUGAAGCAUCUUUAAACGUUAGCAGUGUACCAGAACACAAUAUGAGUGACUUUAUCGAGGAGUACAUACGAGACAAAAGCGACGUCAUCGGUGAUGAUGAACUGAAACUUGACGCCUGCUCCUUAAGAAUUUACAAAGAAGUAGAUAAUAUGGCUAAAGAUAAUCCUACAAGCUUAAGUACGUCUCAAGUAUAUAACAGAUUAUCAGAAAUGUCGCAACAAACUGAAGAAUUAGGCAAACGCUUCAAUUUUAAACUCAAUUAUGCUAAAGAGAUAAGUAAUUUUUUGAAUAAUUUACCAUUACUGGCAAUCAAGGAUACAAAAGACGUAAUCGUUACAAUGAUAAGCAAUUUAACUGAAAAAAUGACUGAAAGAUGGCAAAUAAAAAAUGUCGAUCCAAACAAUAGUCAAGUCGAUGACAAAUUAAGAGAUUAUAUAAAGACAUGGAUUAAAGAAUUACCUCUUGAUCCCAAAAAGGAUAUUGUGAUGCCCGUUGUUGUUCAACAAAUUUGGAAUAGAAUGGAAAGAGUUAAUAAUGGUAUAGAUGAACCAUCUGCGGUGUUACCAAGCUUUAGCGAUAACCCAAAAUCCAUUUGCGAAUCCCUUUCACCGUGUUGUAAAAGAAAUCCUUUAACAAAAGAUUUCGAAAAACUGGAUCCUGGAACAGAAAUCGUUGAAGCGAUUGAGGGAUGGUGCAACAAUUUACCAAUACAUGCUGAUACCAUUUCUAUGGAACGAACUUUAAAAGAAGAAUUUAGUACAAGACUAUAUAAGAAAAUUAAUGAACUAAACAAAAUGCCUGAUUGCUUUGACAAUAACAUUACUUAUCUGCAGCUGUUAGAAGAAGAGAUAGAUUCAGGUUUAAACGAUCUACCGCAAAAUACUCAACUACAACAUUCAAGAGAAAUGUUAAAAAGACAAUUGUUGAAUAAAAUAAAUGAAAGCAGGAACGUGAUUAGAGAAAAAACAGCCGGCUUGAAAUAUAGACAGGAACUAGAAAAAACUAUUGAAAUUUCUUUACCUAAUCCUGUUUUCUUCCAUCAAAAAGACUGUCCCGGUUUCAAUAUUUAUAAAAGCCUGUUAGCACAAUUAUUUAUUUUAGAAAAUUUUGACCACGCUCACGAUGAUUUUAAAAUUAAUUGCAUAAGAAAAAUACGAAAUAAAAUUGAUAAUAAUUUCGAAAACGUGGAAAAUAUUAACUCUGUGUCAUUGACUAAGGAUCAAUUGUUUAAUCAACUGUACAGCUCUCUGUUCUCUGUCCCUGUUCCAAAUGAAAAUUCAAUUGCAAGAGAAGUUGAAGAAAUUAAAACUCGUUGUAUCAUUGAAGUUUGGUUUGAAAGUUUGCCAAUAAGGGAAGCUGCGAGCGUUGAAGAAUUACUUGAGCGUGAACAAAUUAUAUCCAUGUUAGCUAAAAGAAUACAUGCGUUCGAAAAAAGUUGCGACGACCCUAAUGAUAAAAUCAAAAAAGAAAUAAAUAAAUGGCUGAUGAAAUUACCGAUAUUACCGGACCAUGGAUAUAGCUUCGAUCAAUUAACAAGUGCACUUCUACAAGGAUUAAUAUUAUCCAAAAAUGAAAGGACAUGUAAACUAUCAGACCGGAAUGUGACACUCGAAGAAUUUUUAUUAGAUAAAAAUAAUAACAAAGGGAUCGUAGCUACAAGUCCACCAGCCUUACCUAGCAGUGACAGGACAUCUUGGUUCACUCCAACUUCAUCAUCGUCUCCUAAAAUUCCUCGAAGUUGUUGUAAAAAAGGCGGGAAACCAACUGACCUCCUCCUGGAAACCAUAGAAAAGUGGUGUCAACAAUUACCACUACCAGAAAAUAGUCAACAGGAUAAAGAUAAUGCAAAAACCAUAAGGGACAAUCUUAUCGUAAAAUUAAUAAUUAAAAUUAGUGAAUUAAACUUAAACUCGGAAGCCUUUGAGAAUGAUGUUCUUUAUGAUUCAUUGCUUGAUGAUGAAAUAGAAGAACUAAUGUCUACAUUACCCACUUCGAUUGAACUACAACAAAAUAAAAAUUUAUUAAUAAAUCAAUUCAAAGAUUCUAUAAAAUCUAUUAAACCCCUAAUCAAGAACGAAAAAUCACGUUACGAGUACAAACAAGUUCUUAAAAAUACUACGGAUGAAGUUUUAGGACAACCCCACAAUGUGCCGCCAACAAAAGGUGCUUUGUUACGAACAUUGAGAGAUGAAAUUGUCGAUGAUUUUAUUGUCUACAAAUUUUCUAAAGGAAAUGAAAACAAUCGUGAUGUAUAUAAAAUAAUGUUACAGAGAGUUGUGCAAAGAUAUGUUUUAGAGAAAGAAAGUUUGUCUAGUGAUCCUGGAACUGACCCAGUAGAGAAAGGAAAUCAAUUGAUGAAUGAAUUGUCUAAAGUACCGACACCGAGUGAUGAUGCUAUAUCAGACGAAGUAAAUGAAAUACUAAUGAAGUUUGAAGUGAACGUUUUUUUUAAAGAGUUACCCAUCGCUGAUGACGAAAAUAAGCAGCCGCUACAGAGUCAAGUGAAAUACACUCUAGCUAAACGAUUGAGUGAUUUUAAGAAAGAUGGUUUUAAAAAUAAUCAUGAAGAAAUUAAAAAUGAAAUAAUGAAAAAUCUACAUAAAGUUCUAGAAGAAAUCGAUCCUCAAAAAGUUGAUGCAUUUAUCAAAAGGUUGGAAACGACGGAAAAUCCUAAAUUUCCACAGCUACCACACUCCAGUAACCAAAAUAUGAGUUUAUCAAAUAACGAUGUUUGGAGUAAUGACAAUCUUAUGAGUAUUAAUAAUCAAAAUAGCGUAGAACGAGGUGUAAAUAAGGAAAAUAAUGAAGAUCAACAAUGGAUGUCAUUAUUAUCAGAAACAUCUGGAGCGAGAGGUUCAAAUUACCGUGGCGCCAUACAACCCACACACUAUACAAAAAGUACAGACAAUAUUGUGAGUCCUCGAGCGCUCGGACAAGGUUUUGAUCGUAGUCUCAAUCAAUCAGAAUUGAGUUACAAACAAUUUAGAGAGGGAGGAGUUCUAACUUCCUCGGUAACAAGAAAGAAUGAAACCAUUCAAAUCAUACCUAAUGACAAUGGUGAAGUCAAUAGUUUAAGAUCGAACCAAAAUUUAGGUGGCUCCAUUGGUUUAAAGAGAGACGUCCCUAUGACUGCAGAUACGAACAGAAUCACUAACAGCAUUGGCCAGGAUUUCCAAUUACUUGAUAGGGAUUCCAUGCAACAAAGGGGUCUGGGAGCAAACUUGCGACAGUCCAACUUAUCAAUACGCCCCCAGUGUCCAAGUUCUUGUUCCCAACAGACGGAUGAAAGCCAGCAACCGGCAAUACCAUAUCCAGCUUUAUCUAAUCAGAGCUCCCAACAAUCAAGACACACGUGUAGUGAUUGUUGUAGAAAUCAAAAGGUUCCUGAUGUCCAAAAAUAUACCUUCAACUCUUACCGUCCAUCGCAAUUCACUUCAGAGAACAGAGACGUCAUACAACAACAGCCGUGUAGGCCGUUAUCAAUGUUAGAACGAACGACUUCAAAACAAAAUAUCGACGAUGUCUCUAUACGCAGUCUGCCUCAGGACCCGAUGUCCCAAUUCACUCAGAAUGCGCCACAUAUUAACAGUAGAUGCAACAAAAAUUGCCGCAGACCUUCCAUUGUGUUACUAAGUCCUCCUUAUACAGAUUCUAAUAAUCUAGUGGGGGAGAACAAGCCGAAAGCUAAUUUGGAACCGAUAACAGAUGAGAAUGAACCUAGAUGUUCAUGUAUCAGUAGAAGCAAGAAGCAAUUUGAAGGUAAUCCUCUCUGUCCCAACCACAUGAGGAAGCAGUGUCGAGUAUGUAACAGACCCAAUCCGUUCCGUUAUAUGGGACCGUACCGACGUUAUUAUGGUUACUAG